AUGUCUGCAAGGUACUCAAAGGCAGAGUAUGAGAGCCUAAAUCCUCUUGGCAGAGGCGUGGACAACCCAGAGGGUGGUUCAAGAGGGCUCUAUCAGGUCUGCAUGGUGUUUCAGUGCAAAACAUCGAAAAGAGUCAAGUUUGAAGAGCAGGACAACGAGUAUUACACUAUCAGGGCGCUAAAGCAGCCGGAACCUGGUGAUCUGGCAACAAUGCAGGUGUGCAGCAUGCAGCCUUCAGCAGACCUUUGGCAGAAAGUUCCAGGCUACUCCUCUGAUGACGAGGACGCAAGGUCCGGAUUUCCUGAGCCUACGACACAGCAACUUGAGAGCAGACUAACAGAGGUGCUAGCAUCUCUGGGCAGUCGGUAUUCUGAUCGGCCGACCAUUCAGUUCCGAGCAGCUCCUUUACCAGGCAGCAAAGCUCAAACGUCCAAGAGCCGAUCAUCUACAUGCUGCACAUGCCCUCCUGCUUUCUUACUGAACUCGGAUGCUCCGAUCUUGCGUGACACCUUUCAGCUGAAUGGGAUGAUCCCUACUAUGUGUAACGAUUAUGCUAUACAGUGGUCAGGUCCAAACAUUCGGGACAACGUCUAUCAGUGCAUGAUGGACUGGCAAAGGAUAAAUCACUUCCCGAACUCCACGGAAUUGACAAGGAAAGAUCGUUUGUGGUUGCAUUUUGCGCAGAUGGCUAAGAACUACGGCAAGGGUUGCUUUGAUUUCGUUCCCGAGACGUAUGUUCUACCGGACAACUUUGAUGCUUUCUUGAAGUGUUAUCAAAGGUCUAGAUGUCAUUGGAUUGUGAAGCCCAAUGCUUCAUCGCGUGGAAGGGGAAUUUUCAUUUUGCAAGACUUGUCUGAGCUGCCCCUGGAUGAGACAGUGGUGGUCUCGCGUUACGUCCAAGAUCCCCUCUUGAUUCAAGGAUAUAAAUUUGAUUUGCGAGUCUACGUUCUGGUGACCUCUUAUGAUCCUUUGAAGGCCUACAUCUAUCGCGAGGGUUUGACACGUUUUGCUUCGGCACCAUACAGCACUCAGGAAGAACAUAUGCAAGAUGCCUUCCGGCACUUGACGAACUACUCUGUGAACAAGAACUCAAAUACCUUCGUUGAAAACAGUGACAUGCGAGCUGACAAUGUGGGCCACAAGUGGAGCCUUUCAGCCCUAAACAAACAUUUGCGCUGCGUGGGAGUUGAUGUGAAUCUCAUGUGGGUUCGAAUUAUGGAUCUCAUCGUCAAGACCUUGUUGUCGGUUGAGCCAGCCAUCAGUAGCAGAACCAAGCAGCUCACAGGAAACCGAGAGAAUUGUUUUGAACUCUACGGCUUUGAUGUUCUGGUGGAUAGUGACUUGAAGCCGUGGCUUUUGGAAGUGAACUUAAGUCCAAGCAUGCAAGCUGAAUCACCUUUGGACUGGCAAAUCAAAAGCUCUCUCUUGGCGGACACGUUCAAUCUGGUGGGCAUCCAUUCGAAUGAAAGAACCCCAAAGCUGGAUCGGAUGAGAGCGACCUAUUGUCAACCUUGGAAACAAAAUGGACAAGGAGCCAAGGAGAAUCGAAAAGAUGACGUCCCAAACGUCGAUGAUAGCCAUGCCCCCCUGGUGCUGAAUGCACUCUCUGAUGGCAACUUGAAGAUGUUAGCCAAAUCCAUUGGGGAACGCUCUCGAUGUCACAAUUUUGUGGUGCUCUACCCAACGCGAGCUGCCGUGAAGAGAUACGGCAUGAUCACCGAGGCGCGAGCCCAGCAAUUAGCCCCUCGUGGUGCGAGUCUUCUGUCGAAAGUGAACCGAUGUUUGUCUCAGUCGCAGAUGUUGGCCUCUCUGCUGUAUGGCCCUUUUCCUUCCAGAUCCGCCACUGAACUGAAACGGGCAAUUGGCCCCUCCGAAAGCUUCUACAACGACCUUUUUGUGGCGGAUGUGGAGGACUGGCCACCGGAAGAGCCAACUGGACCCAAUCCUGUGCUGGCUGACUUGGAAAGCAUCUUGCAAGCAUCAAGUCCAAUAUCCUGGAAGGAUCUCCGACCCGCCUUCUUCACGAAGCCUCUUCCUGCGGCCGUGAACCCCACAGUGGAGUCGGAGCUUCGAGAGACUGCCUUAGCCUCCGCUCGGCGGGCGCUUGGCGCACUAUCAGGCACCUCGAGAAGUUCGCCCCAGGAGCAGAAGUGUGAAGAUGAUGAGGAGGAAGACUCCUCAAGAGAAAGGGAGUUUCCAGCAAGUGGCUCUUGCCUACUCUUAAUGGAAUACCUGAUCCGCUUGGAGGCUACUUGUGAGAGUCUUGCACCUGCUGGAUGGGCUCGACUGGUACAAAGUGCUUCGUACGCGCGACUGUCAAAGUUCCAGCGGACUCUUCCCAAAGUCUUUGCGAAGCUUGCAAGUUUGAGCAACCGCUCCUCCACACCUCCAGAGGCUUGUCGCGAGAGUCUGCACUUCUUGGAACAGUUGGCCUGGCCGGAGACUUCCAACUCGGUACAAGACACUGAUGAGAGAUUGCUUGCCCAGCGGCGACCAGCCCAGAUGCUUGUCGAAGCGCCGCAUUCUAAGAUCAUUCUAGUUCUAGCCACGGUGGAAUUGUACCGGAGGCUCCUGCCUCUGGCCCUUGCGCUUCCAGAUCUUCAGGCUGCAGAUUUGGAGAAACUGUUGCCAGCAGUUCUGCAUAUUCAGUUCAGAUCUGGUCAUUUGAUUACUUGUGACUUGGAUACUCAAGCUGGAGAGCGGCGUGCCAAAGGUGGACGAACCUCAUUGAAGAGUUCGGUGAUGACGCGAACCUGGGCACCUUUGCCGAGGCAGAAGUCCAGAAGCAUGCUACCAGUCAUCCAUGGCGAGUGGGAAGCUCGUGACAUCGUGACCUUUUUUCUUAUCUCCAGUCGCAAGGCGCCUGGUCCUCUCUCUGAGAUACUUUGCGUAGACUCCCUAGAGCUUGGAUUUGCUGAGAAGUCCCUAAGAUCAGAAUCCCCAUCCCAGAUGAUCCCAGCAUGUUCCCCGGGGGCUGAGGCAGUCAUGAAGGUUGUCGAUGCAGCGAUCUGUUCGAAGACCGCAGACCAUCAGCCGCCCUUCGCGCAGCACGAGUUUGAGGAGCAACUUGCGAGGCAUUCGACGCCGGGUGAGCGAAUCCGGGUCAUAAUGGGCUUAGACUGCUUGGAUUGUGGUGUGGAGCUGAAUCAAUGUUGGAACACCAUGGCUGCCAUGAUGCUGGCUGAGUCAGGUCACAAGUCACUCGUCCCUGAUGUGAAAGAAGCGAAGGUGAUGGCCGGUCCAUGCGACGACCUGGCAGUAAAUCUCGAGUCGAAGCCUUUCUUUUUCGGAUGUUUGUGUAGGCAAUACCUGAACUUCCAGAAGCAGCUGCCCCAGCUACAGUGGAUUGCAUGCUGCAGCAACAACUCCGUCAAUUCUUUUGAGGCUCCAGACCUGCAGACCAAAGAGAUGUCGGGAUCUCAGCUCAAGGCCAAUGCAGCAAACUGGCAAGCUGGGCGUGACAUUUGA